AUCUGCGACGAAACGAAAUAUUUGUUUUAUUGACGUAUGACAGUUGUAUCAUAACCUGAAAGUUAGUAGAAUGUAAAAUUUAAUAAUGGCAGGAAAAUGGAAUGGGUUUACUGAAGACGACAUCAAGAAGCUUCACGAUAGAGAAUUGGGCAGCACACGGAGGGAAGAUCCAGUCCCAGGAGGAGAGGUACGCGUUGCCAAGCGGCAGGCUCGGCUGCUGCCAGGCCCCGGGAGGAAGAACGUCACUCGAGAAAGGAUGCUGCAGGCGCCCCAGCAGGAUGCUCUUGUUACCGGUAGCAAGGAAGACGUCCCAGAGAAAGCUUUCCUUUCCAGGCCAGAGAAAACAGCAGGUGAGUCAAAGAACAAAAGUGUUCAUUUAGAGAAUAGCGCCGGCACUGUCGACAUGACUUCUGCGGUGAGCAUUGUGGCUGCAACUGAAGGCAGUCCCGCCCACACAGAGGGGCCUCUACUGGUCGAGGGCGGUGGCAUCGAGGGGCCUGAGCAGGAGCCUGGCGGGGGCAAGGGCCUGUCGUGCUCUCUGGACGAGUUCCGGGAGAGACAGCGGCUGAUGGAAGAACAGAACAGGCAGCGGAAACAGCUCCUCUCGCAAGCUCUUGCAGACAGGAAGAAGCGAACGAAAGAGGAAGCUCGGCAUCUACAGCAAAUUCAGGACGAGCUCCAGAAACUCGACCAUCUGCUCAGCAACGAUGUGUCCAUCUUGAGGAACCAUAUCGAAAAUGCAAGCAUUGAAUUCAUGGAGGCCCAGAAGCGCUACGACAAGGCAGAGAAGGAGUUCCUGGCCGCCAAGCUGGUGCUGUUCGGCAAGCUGGAGCGCAAGGAGCUGCUGACGGGCCACCUGUGCCAGAUCAUCGAGCAGAACGAGCUGCGCAAGGCGCGCAAGCUGUCGGAGCUCAUGGACAAGCUGGAGUUGGGAGUUACUGUGCAGCAGCCGCAGCCCCCGGGGGACGCCUCCACGGUGCCGGCACAGCUGCGACCAGGAGGCUGCAGUGAGGAGCAGACAGCAGUAAGUCAGAAGGCGGAAGACAACACGCAGGAAGAGGAACAGAUUUUGCCAUGACAUCCUGCCAGUCGAUUGUCGCGCGGCUGAUACAGUCGUCUGUCUCUGCGUACUAAGCAGCCACCAUUUUUUAAUUUUGUGCAAGAUCUGCUGUGGUUUGUUACCACCAUAUUUACUCGCAUAUAGGUCGCGGAAAUUUUACCAGAUUUGAUGGGGGGGGAAAAUGAAGUGCGACCUAUAUGUGAAGAAAAAAAUUUUAAAAUUUUUGAGGAAUUUUUUUUGCAAUACAGUAGAAUCCCGCCGAUGCAACCUCCCUCUGAUGCGUCCAUUCCGUUUAUACGACAGUUUUUUGAGAAAACGUGAAAAAUUUGAGCAGAGAAAGUAAAAAAUUGAGUAAAAUUGGCUGAAAAACAAGUCUGUUACACUUUGUUGGGCGCUAUGGGUUCAUGUUUAUCUUGGCGAGAGCUGGGGGCAGUGUCUAGCCGAGCUCGGCGCGUCCACUAUCGCACGAAAAGCCGUCUCAGCUGUCAUGUUAUCUUACCCGCCCGCACGAAAAGCCACUGUGGUAGCCAAGAGCGUAAGAAACUCGUCCGGCCAGGCUGGCGGUAGCGGCGGCUUGACGUCAUACGUGACGUGACGCUUACCUCUCCCAUCCCCUGCUAAUUAUUCAAGGCUCAUCCCUCCCAGAGCCACAAACCAUGUAAAAACAUCCCCCCCCCUCCCGUUUCCAACUAACAUUUCAACACAUUCCCUCCCUUAUUUCAACCUUCUGCGUGAGAAACUGUCAGCAUCCUCCUCCCCUCCCACACCGCGUGCGGCAAAAGCCAGGUUGUAUAGUCCAUUCUCGGUCAAAUAAAUAUUUUUAUUGGCUUAUAUGACUGUCCUUCGCCGUUAAUAAAUACUUUAUACGUUUAUGUUAUUAUGAUACAGUUUGUUUAUUAGUCACACAGCAGUUUCUGCUGAAAAAUCACUAAUACCUUGAAUUUUAUUGAAUAGAAAAAUUUAGCAGGGCCGUAAUUAUAUUUAUUUUACUGCAUAGUUACUUUUCCAUCUGCAUUCGAACGUGUUUUAUUUUCUCUUUUUUUUUACGCUGUGAAGGGUCGUGGAAAAGAUAAUUGCUUGAGCUGUCAAAAUAAACAUCGCUGACGCCAAGGGCAGGAGCGCAUCCUGUCAGUCUAUCGCUGUGAUUAUCUACUCUAAAAACGUGUCACAGCAUUUCAGGAUAGCAUUGUUCUUAUAUCUUUCGUUUAGAGCCGAAUGUUUUUUACCUGAUCCACACAAGUUCCUUUGCCACGUUUUGAACGAAAAUAACAACCAGCCGGUUAGCAUAGCCGAACUCGCAUGACGCGAAUUCACUUAGCGCCAAAAAAAUUGUAAACGAAGGGCGAUGUUGCACCUGGAUGGCAAACAAGUAGAAAAAGGGAAGGGGAGAAGCAAUGGUUUCCCCAGCCACUAUCUUAUCUGUGUCGGGAACUUCCUCACGCGUCAGACUAAUCGCACGUUUAAAACAAAAACCGCUGUAGAUAUAAAAAAUCAUAACAGGCCUUUUUUAUUCAAAAUUAAAUUUACUACAACUUUUAUUCUGUCCUUUUUUGCAAUACAAAGCACUGUUUUCGAUUUAUAGUCUACAAUUAAGACUUUUUAAGAAGUCAGGAAUCUAACUUGACUUCAAUUUUCUAUAUUCUGUUAUUACGAGUACUUGUUGUUACAACAAUUUAUCACGCCAUUAUCAGCUCUCGUAGUAGCGGAGUUUUACAAUACCCGUUAACUCUUUCGUGCACGGCGCGCCGGCCGUUCGCGUCAUUAAAUUACCGGUGCGACCUAUAUGGGGGGAAUCUUAAAUACCAAAUUAAAGACAUCAAAUUAUGGGUGCGACCUGUAUGCGAUGGCGACCUAUAUGCGAGUAAAUACGGCAUUACAGUUGGAGUUCUCUCAUUGGUAGAGACAAGAUUUUAUGGUUUUAUUUUUUGUCAUAUUUCAUUUUUAAAACAGAGCAUUUCUGUGUUAUUGUUUUUAUUUUUAUAAAAGCAGUUUUGUAAUAUAAUACUUACUCCACCAAAAAUAGGGGAAAAAUUUAUAUGCAGCAUUUUUGUGGUAAGGUAAUUUUUAAUAAAUUUGUCUAAAAUGAUACAUUCAGAACAAUUAAAAUAAAUUAGCUUGUAUUUAUGGUUUAAAAUUGAUUCAAUAAGAAAUGCACAAUAAAAAAUUAAAAUUAUAUUUCUGAUCCAUGCACUUUGAUUAAAUUUUUUGUACCGAUAUAAUGACAUUCCCUGAAUUUCAAACAUUAAAAGAUUCCUUUUUUUUUCAUGAUAUGAAUUAAGUUUUGGUUAAAUGCUACCUACUUAAGUCCAUGAUAUAACUUGCUCAAUACACCUAUCUCUCACUUAGCACGUCUUCAGAUUGCACGGAUUCAUUCAGCGCGAUGAGAAUUUUACUGCCUCAGUCUUGAAUAGCACAUCUUUAAAUUUCACUUAACACUAAACUCAGCAGGCAAAAAAAAAAGUCUGUUUCAAUAUCUGUAAACAACAGGUGUGCCGUGGGAUACAGUUAGCCAACAAGGGGGGAAGAGAUGUGCGCGCAGAUCUGUCUAUGCUAUUGGCUGUUGUACAAACUUUAGCUAUGGCAAGUUAAAUUGCGGCUAUGGAGUGUAAAGGACCAAAUGUUUUUACAUCCGCACGUAUGCCGCAGUGCUGUACCGUGUUGUUGUCGCCUGGCCACAAACCGGGCUGUGAACUCAGUAUAGCCAGUGGCACGGAAUUAAAUUAACGGCACACAGAUUGUCAUGAAGACCACGCUUAUGUUGGUCGCACUUUAGUUUUAAGCAAUUCAACUGUGCGCACAAUCGUACGAAAUAUGGACUCUUACCAAAAGUUUAUAUAAGUCUGAUGCUGUUGGUUGUACUAGCGGGAAUAUAUUUUACAUUAGAUACCGGAACAGAAAUGGACAGAUGAUUCACAUGGAAAAGGUUGUUAAAUGAAUGUUGCAAUGAAAAAAAAAAUCAUUGGCCUGACGGUAUUGGUGUGAACCAGGUGGUGAUACGUGAAUAAGCACUUUAAUUUUUCAAAAAUUAAAAUAAAAUUAUCCGGACAGUAAUAUCGGUUUACUGACAGUAAAGGAUGGUUUUUGAAGGUACGCGACGUGAGUUGGUCGUCACGCCCGGGCGGGCAAGUCAGCCAGCCGACUGACGAGUACAUAACCAUGUAUCUACCAUUACACAGUGUCAUAUUUGUCAUACAAAGUGUGAUGGGAGGCAUAUAAAUAUAAAUGGUGUGACAUAUUUAUAGUUGAGUGUUAUUCAACGCAUUUAUGUUACGUAAAGUAUAUUUUCCUACCCAAUUUUGGAACACGUUAAAUAAAUUAGCCUUGCUAUGUAUGGAAACUAAUGCUUCAGAAUACGCUAUUUCGAAUAACACGAGCAUUUUGAGGAACAAAUUAGUCGUGCUAAGUGAGGGAUAGGUGUAAUAGAAACCGAAAUAACGAGGUUUGUAUUAACCAAACUAUUUUUAAAUUUGCACACAAUAUUUAUAUAAUUUUUUUAUCAACUUUAAAAGUGUUUAAAUUUGCACAAAAUUUUACACUGCAUCUAAUUUUUUUUUUUGGGGGGGGGGGGGGGGGGAAAUUGUAAAAUACAAUUUUAUGAUGACUACACCCGUGGCUCCAAAAAUAACUAUUUUCUCCUGUAUCAUACUUAAAAAGAUUUAAGACAAGAAUAAAGCAAAGGUAUAGAUUAUUACCUACAAAAAGACAUACUACCAUUAAAUUUUGAAGAAUAAAAUUUCCAAGCUUUUUCCCCCAACCUAAUUCUAAAAGAAAUGGCAUCAGUACCUAUUAUUUUAGUUGAAACAUAUCUUCAUUACAUUAUUCAGGGAUAUUUGUAUUAACCAUCCUGUACUAGAUGUAAUAUUCUACCCUUGGAACAAAAUCAUCUUUGUAUUUCAUAAUAACCAUACUUUUGUAUUAAACAUAUUACUUAGCACAAUAACUCCUAUUUAUGAUUUUUAGGGACUGUACAAACAAUUUGUUUUAGUGAGAGUUUUUUAUUAACAGGAUUCUUAUUAAUGAGGGUUCACGAUAUAUGGUGUAUUAACUUUUACUUCUGUGUUAUGCAGUGUUUUUGAGUUGCUUUUUGGUGUUACUUUGGUUUUAGUCACAAUUCGCCAUAUAUACUUUUUUCUACUCAUCCCACAUUUUCAUUUGGGGUCAUUCUGUAAUCCGGCACUAAUGGAUCUGCUUACGUUCAUAAUUCAAGGGAUUCGGGUAUUUGUUGACCUUGACCGCCAGGUAGUGCUAUGGCUCUACCCACCUUGUUAGCUCACUCAGUGGUUAUUUUGCUUGGCAUGGAUCAGGUUUUUGCAACUUGUUUUAAACUUGAUUGUACUGUAUUAAUUUUUUGUUGGUAUUCCUGUUAAAACAAUAUGUGUAUUUUUCUAUUAUUAUAUUCAUUUUAUAAAUCUAUAGUCGAUAGUUUUUUUUAUUUGUACGUGUUUUCCUGCUUUUUGAUCAAUGUCUUUACUAGUAUUCUUAGUUUGUUCUUUGUUUGUUCAUUAUACUUUAAUUGUCGUUUGCUGCGAAUGGGACCGUACAGGGAGGCCGCUCUUACGUUCCAGCCCAGCCAAGCCGUAGGGACAGAGUUGCCGGUCUUUUCCGUCAUGAGCGAUGAUUUUUCGAUCAUUUUAGUAUGUUUCUUUGUUUUUAUCUUUUUGUUUAUUAUUGGAUAGUUUUUCUAUCAUCAUGUUAUACAAUUGGUUUAUUUUGUGUUUAUUUUUGUAUUCUUAUGUUUGUUGUUUAUGUUUGUAUUUGUCUUGCUCCGUUUUGGUCAUUGCAAGUGUGUGGCUCUCUCUCCCUACAUGUGCCUACAUGUUGUGGAUCCCACCUCAGGUAGAGCUUGUCCGCUCUUGGUACCGUUAGGAGGGGGCGUUGUGUCCGCGUACUUGCAGCUACCAGUAAUCCAAUAGAAUCGCUGAUCUGGCAGAGUUGUGGUUCCGAGAGUGCCAGAUGAAAGAAUUUUCACUGUAACUAAUUUCUCGUGUUGUCUUUGAAAACGUUUACAGUAUUAAGACAGUUCUAGAAUAGGAGAGUAAUUCUAGAUGUUAUCCUUCUAAAUUAAAGGUAGUUAAGUAAUAGUUUUUAAUUGAUAAUAAAUUGGUGCUGUUAGUUAAUUGUUACUAUGUUUUCUUGGCAUGUCAGAACAUUAUUUUUAGCCACAAUUAAGGUGCUAGACUUCGUGAGGCAUAUGGUAAGUGAAGUGCUGUGGUCGAUGCAGGUUGAUUUUAUGUAGUAAUCACCACAUAGCCUGUGCAAGGUCUGUUAAAAAAUGAUAGGACCUGUAUUAUUUUCUGUGGAACUGAAGGGAAACUUUGUAGGUGUCCUUGAGUGAAGAGUUGGAGAAUGCUGUCAUGUAAGUGCUUAAAUUUUUUUUUUUUCAGUUUACAGAAACAUAUUUGUUGACAGAUUGUAAGUAAGGGAGUGUGUGAUAAGACCUCCUCUAAUUUUAUUAUGCUAAAUGACAUAACAAUUCACACAUUCAUAUUUCAUCCAAUUUUCCCAUCAAGCUUAAAAUUACAAACAAUCGUAUAUACCAACAGCACAGUGCAUUUUAAAGAAUGGUUAAUCUGGUUAGAAAAAUUUCUCGAAGUCUAUAAUGUUACCUCAUGCUCCAAGUCCGUUCCUUCGGGUCUUUUUGGCCCUACAUUCAUGUAAUUUUCUGACAUUGAAAAUCAGAUUGGAAUUGUACUUGCAGCAUUCAUUCUCUUACAAGCUGACUGCCGAUUAUUUGCAUGCAGUAAGGACCCCUCCACCUUCCAAGGUAAUGUUUUCUCGGACCUACUAACUAAACUCUGAAAGAGUGGAGAAUUUUUCUCAUGUAUUGUUCAAGGCCUGUUUUUUUUUGUUCUGAUAGUUUCUCAGAUUGAUAUUUGUUGUGACAAGUAUACUGAAUGUCUCUCUAAACUUUCUUACAUUGUCAUAGUGCUGUAUUAAUUACUGUUUGUAACACUUACAGUAAACUAUGAAAAGUGCUCAAAGCUAGGCCUUAUUGAACCACAAACUGCUAAACAAAAUCUGUACAUAAAGUAGUAGUUAAAUAUUUAAAAGAUCUAAAAUAGCAGGAAUCAAACCAUCGUAUAAAUGUUCCAAAGCACAGGCAAUUAAAAACUGGUGGUAAUGAAGACUUCAUGAAUUAUAACGAGAGCACAGAGAUCUCCAAAAUAAGCUGUUUUUCUACCUUUUGCAAUAAUGAUUAACUUUAAUUAAGUUUAAGAUCUGAGAACAAUAUGUAAAAGUUUUUAUCGUACUCCUCAAUGUACCUAUCUUGUUUAUGCAUUGUGAAUUUGGUGCUAGUAUGUUUUACUUAAAAAAAAUUGUUUGUUUGGAUACACAAUUUUUUUCACAUUUUAAAAAUGGUGUCUUUCGUGUGCAUUAUUUGUACACUACUAAAACAGCUAUGUUUUAAGAAGCAUACAUUAAAAUUUCUGCUAUUGAUUUUUAAUCAAAUUCCAUAACAUAUAAUUUUUAUGUAAAGUGAUACAAUCUUUUGUUUAAUAAUAGUACAUAGUGUAAGUUGGUUUCUAAUAUUUCUUAUUUAUUUUUGGAAGUUAUAGUAUUAACUUAUUUUGUUGGGUUUGUUUAUGUAAAAUUUAAAUUUACAAACCUUUUUUAAAAAAAUAUAAAAUUUUUUUUUAGGUUUUUUUGUGUAAAAUAAGACUAAAUUUCUGAUAGAAAUCCAGGGUACUAUGAGUAUUAACGUUGAGAUUAUAAUUUUAGCCUGCCUGGCUAUUACUGUUAACUUGAAUGUGAAUGUUUGACAAUAAUAUUUAAUAUGACUGUAAAUGUUUAACCUGUGAUCAUCAUCAUUAAUCAAAUAGUUAUGUGAUAUUGGACACAUUUGUUGUCAUCUAUUUUGAAUAUGUAUUUUCUCGCUUACAUUGAGUACUUGUAUCAUUCACUUGCUGAAUUGAUUUAAUCACAUGAAAGUCAUAUUUGGUUCCCAUUUAUUAAAAAAUUUGAAAAUAGGUAAUUAGUAUUUGUAUUGUAGUUCAGAAAUUCGGGGAAAAAAAAAAAAAAAAUUAUAGUUAUUUGUUGCUGUUUGUGUGUGUGACAUUGAAAGUUAAGUGUUAUGAUACAUACGGGUAACUCCUGCUUAUCCAUGCUUAUUAUCUAGGGAGACAAUUCCCCAGACUAUUCAAAAUCAUUACUUAUUGUUGUCAGUUUUAUUUUACUGUCUUAAUGAUUUGCUAUUGGAUGUGUUUUAUACUUCAAAUAAAAGCAAAGCAUGUUGUUUUCUGGUAUAAACUCGUACUGUAAUUUGUGGUGUAAAGAACUGCUUUAUGUUAUACAGGAUGAGUCCGAAUUCGACCAGCAAACAUCAGCUGCAAGUUCAUCAGAAAGAAUAAGUUUAAAAAAAAAAACACAACUAUGUUCUAAAGGGUUUUCCAAGGCUGGUACCGCCUUGGAAUUUAGAGCAGAACAUUUUUUUUAUUGGAAAUAAUAGAACAAGUAUGCAUUAAAAGUGGAACUAUGCAUCAAGAUAAAGCCUAAUUGAACAAAUUUCGACAAUCACUGCAAAAAUUGUCAGUGUUCUAUCUUCGAUUAUUUGCUAUAAAAACAUUGUUCAGCUCCCACUUCAAAGGCAUGUAACAACCUUGGGAAGCACCCUUUUUUGUGAUGAACCUGAAGAUGAAGUGUGUCAGUUGAAUUCUGACUUCUUUUGUGUACUGUUUAUUUGAAUACUUGGGAGAUUGACUUUAAGUAUGCCAUCAUCUAACACGACACAAUCACAUUGCAGGGUGUCUACCAAAUCCCAAAAGCAAAAAUCAGUGACUUUUUUGGAACUUUUUGGGACCUUUUAAAAAAAUUUUAUGACCGAAAAUAUAAAUAUAUAUUAUGCAUUAGACUCUUUUGAAAUAGAGUACACAAAAAAAAAUUUCAAGGUUAUGCACUAUCAUCUAACCUAAAUAUUCUAUAUUAGGCUAUUUACCGACACUAAAAACAGUUUAUACACUUUUCUUGAGUUUUUUCAAUUCAUUCUCUAUUUGUAAUAAUCUCCUUUUUUCUCUUCAAGCAAUUUUUUCUUUUUCAUUUUGAGUAAUUUGAUUUCAUGUGCAGCUCUUUUUCUUGCAUUUAACACCUCAUCCUGUUCGUUAUGUUUCCUUCUUAGGUCUUCCUUCCGUCUUGCUGAGGCAUUGCGAAAUUCCAAAAUCAUUUUUUUUGUAAUCUGAUGUGCAAGAGAAGAAAUGCCAUCUGAAAAACCAAAUGAAUCAAUAUUCAAAAUAGUUAAGUAAAACAUAUUAGGUAAUUGUACUGCAAUAUAACACAAUCUGAAUUGUAAGUACUCCCACCCUAGUCCAAAACAAAUUAGUCCAAAUUUAAAAUACUCACCUGGAAGUGAAAAGAUAUGAUCAUGAACCAGUCUUUGUGCUACAAGAGAUUUCUCUUGAAGAUUUUCAACCAAAAAAUCUUUGUUAAAAGAGAAACUUCUCUCUACCGCUGCAUUUCCAUGGAAACAAAUUAAGAAGCUUUGGAAAUAUAGGAUUAAUUGAACAUGUGCAUCUUGCAUAAAUGAGUUGAUGAAAUUAAAAAUGAACUUGUCAAGGCUUUCCUUUUUCCAGUUGAAACAUUUUGCAGCUUUCAAAACCUCGGGAUGUUCACAAAACCUGGUGAACUCUCUAAGAAUAAUCUCUCCAUCAGCAGGUGCCAACUGAUUGUGUGAGAUGAGUUCCUGAAUGGCAACCUUAGCUCUAAGAGCUCUAACCGAGUCUCUAACCAUUACUGAAGGAGACAAACAAGUUGAGCCCAAUACAAUCCUCUUUCUCAGAGGUCUCUUUUCAUCAAGUUUGGCAUACAAUGAGAACAGAAAUUUCCUGCAGUCAGUCUUAAAUUUCAGGGAGUCAAGCUCUUUUGCCUUUUUGAGACUGAAGGUAGCACCAAAACCUAUCUCUAUGGAAUCAGUAUUUCGUAAGAUAUUCUCAUUCUUGAUAUCCAUAUUCUUCAACUGAGAAGCGUUUGAAAUUUUAUCCAUCACACUUUGCUUGAAAACCCUUCUCCCUAUGUUUUUCAUCAAAAGAAAUAACUCUUGGUGAAUGAAAGGAAGAAGAGGAUAAUUUCUCUGGAAAUUUGUCAGAAAUUCUUCAAGCUCUUCCGCAAUCAUAGCUGAAAAAUACAGUUUAGCUUCCAAAACUGAAUCUUCAAACAAAAUUUUUUUCACAAUGCCAAGGUUCUGGGUGUUGGGAGGGUUUUUUCCCAUCUCUUUGUCUGUUAAAAUGGAAUCAUUUCCAGGCAUCUCUUGAUUACAGAUGAGUUUUCAGUCUACCGCACAGCACAAAACGUUUUUGGAAAUACUCUGGAACCAGUAAUCUGAGAAUAAACAGCACGCCGAGAUGGAUAAUUCUUAAAAAGUUGAUACAAUGCUCUAAGAAACUGAUUAAGUUGCCAACCAACCUUUGUAUGUGCUGUUUUGUAGGCACCAUUAACUAUGUGCAAUGAACAAGUACCAAUAUUCAAAGGUUCCUUUUCAGUGUCAAGCGUACUCUUCAUGUAACUUUUGAGAUCAGAAAUCAACUUCAGAUUUACAUUCGGUCCAUCAGUAGAUAGUUGAAUUAAACAGUCCAGGGAAAGUUUGGCUUCACCAACACACACUAGCACUUUUUACAGCAAAUCUACAGCUGUACAGCGCUCAAGAAAAGCAGAUGUUAGGUAUCGAGUACAUGAUAUACUGUUUUCUGAAUCCCAAUAUUUAACAACAAUGUCCAUUUGCUGUUUUUGGCAAAUAUCAUUCAGACUUUCAUCAAUAGAUAGUGCAAAAAAAAGGGUUUUUCUGUACACUAUCAGACAAUAAUGAAGCAAAAUAAGGCCCAAGGCCAUACGUGACACUAUAUGCUACUUUGUCUUUUUGUAAUUUCAUUUUUGAAGCUAUAGUACUAUCAGGAAACAUAAGUGGAAAAAGUUCCACUGCAGCUGCUCCCGAGCGGGUUGAAGCAUGCGUACAGACGCAAUGAACAGCCCACACUAUCUCUGCUUUUGUUGAACUAUCACUUACAAGAAAAGUGGAGAGCUUUUGUUCUUGAUAUCUCUCUCCUGGGACAGUACUACAAGAUGUAAGCUGUGAACUGGUGCUAGGUGCUGGCUGAGAUGAAUCAUAACUUGGCAUGCUGGGCCCGGGCUCUGAUGAACUAGUGGUGGGCCUAACCAGGGUCGCAGGUACCUUUGUACAAAAAGAGAGCAUUUGCUGCCUGCCCGACUUGUGAACAUUAAGAAACUCACAAUGUUUUUUUUCCUUUUUCGUGGCAUUUAAUUGCGUUAACUCCAGAGUGAGAUACAUCAGCAUAUUUUUUGCAUAGAGUACAAAAAGCCGAAAACGUAUCCUUACCAGCGCUUAGCCACAAUUUCCAUUCCUCUUCAUCCAACCAAGUGUUUUGAAAAUGACACCUUCCUGGCAUUUUUAACACUGAUAAAACAUUACAAAAUACCUGAUAUAGGUGUGCUGAAUACGUCUAACACAGCUUUUUUAACUAUUAAAACUUCACAUGCAAACACGCAAUACUAAUAAAAAACAAUAUAAAAACGUUGAAAACACAGUUUUUGUAAACACACGUCCAGAAAAUACUUCUAAAUAUUACAGAAACACUUGAUACUUUUUACCGGUUUUCUUUUACGCAGAAAACUUCAAUUAACCAAUACAUUACAUUGUAUAUCCUUUUACUGCAAGCAUAAAAAAGUUACAGAUUAACUGCAUAGCCAUCACGUAUAACACACGCUCGUGGCGCCAUAUUGUCAACAAAACGAUACACUACCCAUCAUGCCGCGUAAAGCAAGACACUUGCAUGCUGAAACAUAACUUAUGUGUACUUUCUUUGAUUACGGUAUUUGUUUACAUAAGAUGGUUAGUUUUCGCUGAAAAGUUGAAAAAAGAAUGAAAAUUUUAAUAUAAAAUUAAGCUUUAACGUAUGAUAAAAGAAAAAAAAUACAAAA